AUGGAUGCCACUUUGGACGUGGGUCGGCGGAUCGUGCAGAUGCUCUGGGACCCCGAACCGACCAACGAUAUCGUCAAAGAUCAGCCCGUAUGGUGUCUAGGGACGUCCUACCGACUAAACAACACCAACACCCACAAGCACCCCGAAAAUACAUCCAGUCCGACAACUGCUUCUGCUGUCGCCGCCGCCGCCGCCCAUGACUCUUCCCCAUCCACGACCAGUAAUAAUAAUAAUGAUAUCACCAGCGACAACAACAACAACCCUUCCCCGGCCCAAGGGCCUGCAAAGUUGCCAGAGACUCCACCAGAUUCCAUCUCCAGCAGUCUCGACUCGUCACUUGCUUAUGAGGAUGCCCCAAGGGACGGGGGCUGGCCACCCGCCUUUCUAGAUGACUUUGAAUCGCGCGUCUGGAUGACCUACAGAUCAGAGUUCGAGCCUAUAGCCAAGUCGCACGACCCAAAGGCGUUGGCGGCUCUGUCCUUCUCCAUGCGUAUCAAAACACAGUUGUCGGACCAGGCUGGCUUCUCCUCCGAUAGUGGAUGGGGAUGUAUGAUACGCUCAGGUCAGAGCUUGCUAGCAAAUGCCAUGCAAACAGAGAAGCUGGGCAGAGGUUGGCGAAGGGGCGCCGAGGGGGAACAGGAAAAGCAUCUCCUCUCUCUUUUUGCUGAUGAUCCGAGAGCACCCUAUUCGAUUCACAAAUUUGUAGAUCAUGGUGCCGCCGCUUGUGGUAAAUAUCCUGGCGAAUGGUUUGGCCCGUCGGCAACUGCCAGGUGCAUACAGGCACUGACGAACGCAAACGAGCCGGAUCUGCGGGUCUACUCCACAGGAGAUGGACCUGAUGUGUACGAGGACAACUUUAUGAAGAUUGCCAUGCCAGACGGCAAGACCUUUCACCCUACAGUUGUUCUCGUCGGUACAAGGUUAGGUAUUGACAAGAUUACGCCGGUGUAUUGGGAAGCGCUUAUUGCGUCCUUGCAGAUGCCGCAGUCUAUUGGUAUCGCCGGCGGCCGGCCAUCGUCCUCACAUUAUUUUGUCGGCGUACAGGGGCUGUAUUUCUUCUAUCUAGACCCGCAUUUUACCCGUCCUGCCUUGCCUUACCACGAGCAUUCUGCCGACUAUACCCCCGACGAAAUUGAUACUUGCCACACGCGCAAGCUCCGGCGCCUUCACAUUAAGGAAAUGGAUCCGAGCAUGCUGAUUGGCUUCCUCAUCCGGAGCGAGGACGACUGGACCGACUGGAGGCGUGGCGUCAAGCAUGUCCAGGGCAAAUCCAUCAUCCACGUCUCAGACCAUGACCCUGUCGCACAUUGCGAGGCCAAUGAGAAUAGUUUCAUGGACCAGGUAGAGGCCAUGAGCGAUGACGAAAAUGAUGCCGACACUGCGCUUGACGGGUAA